AUGGCAUCCUGCCCCAAAGAGCAGCACUGGGACGCCUUGACAAAAACCUGUGUCUCCUGUGUCUCCUGCAGCCAGAGGAGCCAGCGUACCUGCACAGACUUCUGCAAGUUCCUCGGUUGCCGCAGAGAGCAAGGCAAGUACUAUGACCACCUCUUGGGGGUCUGUGUCAGCUGUGACUCCACCUGCACACAGCACCCCCAGCAAUGUGCACAAUUCUGUGAGAAAAAGGCCAGAAGCCAGCUGAACUUCCAGCCCGAGCUCAGGAGACCACAGGCCAGGGAGGUGGAAGCCAGGCCAGGCAACUCAGGAAGGCACCAGGGAUCCGAGCUGGGAGGCUUGCAGGCAGUCCCAGGACUGAGGCUGAGCAGCGACCAGCUGGCCCUCGUCUAUUGCACACUGGGGCUCUGCCUCUGCGCUAUCUUCUGCUGUUUCCUGGUGGCCUUGGCCUGCUUCCUCCGGCGCAGAGAGCGGCUUCCGAGCCAGUGUUCAGGCCCAUGUGGGCCACAGGCAAAGCCUCCCCACCGCCCCGCGAUGGAGGCUCGCAGUGAGGUGGCCUUGCCACCCCAGCCUGUCGAGACGUGUAGCUUCUGCUUCCCGGAGCGCAGCUCACCUACACAGGAGAGUACGCGCACGCUCGGGAUUCUCGGCUUAGCGGGCACAGCAGCCCCGCAGCCUUGUGUGCGCGCAUCGGUUGGCGGCCUGGGCGUCGUGCGCGUGCCCUUCGGGGACGCUGGUCCGGGAGCCUGACAGCCAGUGAAGGAGACAAUGAAGAAGAUGGAGUGCGAGAGGAGGGGAGGAAUGGAGAAGAGACUAGGGGAAGAAGACACAGCCCGGAAGAGAGACAGCCCGGCUGCACCCACCGCAAUGAAGCAACCACCUGCAGCGCCCACAUCCCCAGCACCACCUGCGCUACUGUGUCCCAUACUUUAGGCAGAGCAGUCAACCUGUGCGCUCCUCUUUAGUGGAGAAAGAUGGAGAAUGGCCGGCACCUGGAGCAUUGUUCUCAUAGCUGUUACAAACAAGGGUUCUUCCCUAGGGCCUUAGACAGAUAGCUGAGUGCAGUUUGUGUUUGUGAAUUAAGUAAUUUGCAUGUGUAUGCGCAGAUGCUGGGUUGUGUCGUGUGCAUGUGUACAUGAAUUGUGUGUAUAAGUCACGUGUAUAUGUAUGUGUGUGAAUUUGGUGCAGGCAAAUAUGUGUGUUCACAUGUGUGUGUGGCCGAUGUGAUGUAGCCAGGGAGGUGAGGGCCUCCAGGGGAAGGCCAACCAUCUAAAAGAAUGAUGAGUGUUCCCUGAACCUCACCGUGAGUAUGUUCAAUUGCACUCAUUUUAAUGAGCACCUAUGCUUAUCCUUCUAGUUGCAUUUAAACCUCCAGGUGCAUGAAAAUAUCCUCAGAAGCGUUUUCCCAGCAAGCUGAAGUGUGAAAUUUCAUCCUUUCUACCCCAGUACUUGGCAGACCUACCUACCCCAAAGGCCACACAACAGGGGCCCCUGUUCUCACUAUCCAUAGCCAGCAGGCUGCACAUGAAUGAGGCUGCCAUUCACAGGCUCUUCUGAGGCUGCACAUGCAAGGUCUGUCUUGGGCUUCUUACCCCCAUGUCACUCUAAACUUUAUUCUCCCUCU